CAGAAGAGAGAAUCGCAGCCAACUCUGGGUUGCUUGCAAGAAGGCUGUGAUUGGAACAGGCUCCGCUGUUGUGUGUCUGCAACUACACACACACACACACACACACCCAAACGUGCAUAUGUAUCUAUAUGAAAUGCAUGUAAUUGCUUCUGUUCUUAUGCUGUGGCUUGGAAAGAAGGAAGAGGACAGAUCGGAGCACAUGGAUUUCUAAAAAAACAGAGAGAGAGACCUGUUGGGAAUUUAUAGGUGUAUAUAUUUUAUAUAGAUAGCUAUAUAAAGUGUGUGUUUAUCUGUCUGUCUGUACCAAGAGAGGGGAAACAGAUUCCUCCCACCUUUAUUAUUUUUGUCAAAAAGCGAUGAACUCAACCACCCUUCGCUGACCCUGUCCGAUGCAUUCGAUGCCCAGAAGAUGGGGAAACUUCAUUCGAAACAUGCCGCUGUUUGUAAACUGAGAGAAAGUCCCGAAGGUGAUAGUUUUGCUGUGAAUGCCUCCCUGGCUCGGAAAGGGCUGGAGGACUGGAUGGUGAAGCAGAAAUAUCUGGGAAGCGGGAGCAGCAGUUUGGGACCCCAGCCCGGCUGUCAGCACCGAACAGUUUGCAGGCUCUCUGGCUCCAGAGAUCCCACAGGGGAAGGAUUCAGAGAGGCUGUUGAAAAUGAACACUUCCACCUGGAAGUGGCUUUGCCCCCAGAGAAGAUGGAUGGAGCUUGCAGUGGCGAUGAAAAGAAAAUGGAAAAGGAAACUGAUGCACGUGCAAGUGCCAAGAAGCAACUAAAAUUUGAGGAACUGCAGUGUGAUGUGUCCGUUGAAGAAGACAACAGGCAAGAAUGGACUUUCACCCUGUAUGACUUUGACAACAACGGCCGAGUCACACGUGAGGACAUCACCAGCUUGCUUCAUACCAUCUAUGAGGUAGUCGAUGCUUCGGUAAACCACUCUCCCAGUUCCAGUAAAACCUUGCGCGUGAAGCUUACUGUGGCACCAGAUGGAAGUCAGAAGAAAAAAAGUAUUCUACUGAACCACACCGAUCUUCAGAGCUCAAGGCACCGAACAGAGAGCAAAGCCAACGAAGAACUAAGGAGCUGUGAAAAGAAGCAGCGAGGGUCCCUCAGGUACCACCAUGCUGAUAUCAAGUCUGAACAAAGUGAGUGCUAUCGUCAUUGUGUCGAUGAAAACAUUGAAAGGAGAAACCACUAUUUGGAUCUUGCUGGAAUAGAAAACUACACUUCGAAAUUUGGACCAGGCUCUCCACCUGCUGCUCAAAAACAGGACCUGCCAGUCCGAGUUGCAAAUCCAACGAGAUCCCGUUCCCACGAACCAGAAAUCUUCCAUGGUCACCAGAGGAAAUCUCCAGCAGCAGACCCCGGCCACGUCAACUUAAUGGAAGCUUCCUAUGCAAAGCUGGCAGAAAUACAGCAGCGGCUGCGGAGUCAGGAGGCGAACAGGCACUUUGUGAAAUCUCCAAAGGCUCAGAGCAAAACCACGGCUUCUGUUAACACAGGGAGGGCUGUCCGGAGUAAACCUGUCGCGGGAGCAUCAGUACCGAUGACUUCUCCUACCGCGCGGGUGGGCCCAAACCUUCCUUACCUUCCCAUGCAGUCGCAGCAGACUUACAAGAAACACAAGCAGAGGGCCAAGGAGGCUCACCAAAUGUGCAAAGCCUUCCAGGCCCCAGGGACAGUUGUGGAAAAAGAGCACGUCAGAGACCUACCCGCAGUCAUCUUGUACGAAGGCCAAGUCGGACAGAUGAUCCAGCGGCACGAACACCACCACCACCACGAACACCACCACCACUACCACCACUUCUACCAGACAUGAGACGGACCGCCCCUCGCCCCGCAUCCGAUAGGGAUCAUCCUUUAUGAAGGAAACCUGUGCAGCGGUUCUCCCACAAAAGGGCAUCCUUCUUAUCGACCUUGUUGCUACUCCAUUAAUAAUCCUCUAGUACCUACGAUAGGACUUAAAACACUAAUAAUAAUAAUAUUAAUAACCUAACACUAUUUAUAUUACGUGAAAUUGUAUAGUUUACUUUGGUAACUUGUGGAAUUUUUUUUUAAGUUGGCUUGUACAAAAAACCCACACACACACACACCACCGCAAACAGCCAAUAGCUAUUCUAAGGGGCUGUGUCUGAAAGCAGGCACACGCACGCACGCACGCACACCACUGCAAACAGCCAAUAGCUAUUCUAAGGAGCUGUGUCUGAAAGCAGGCCAUCCAUGCACUUCAGAGAAGGAUCUCUUCCUGAGUGGUACUGGGAGUGAUGCUUCUAGCAAAUGCGCUGUGGCUCGGUAUCUGGCUUAGCCACACGCCGGCUCGGUGCACGUGAGCCUGUCGUCAGGGGAGCAACGUUCCAAGAUUCUGGACUCCGGAAAUACAAACUACUGCUACCUCUAGUCUGAUUCAGAACUUCUUAUUGAUUGUACUACGGGAGGAUUAUUGAUUUAUUAUUGAUUGUGCUACGGGAGGAUGUUUUUUACUCCAUUGCAUUCACGUGGCCUGUUUAUGUUGUACUUCUCACCUCUUUACAAGCUAUAUCUUAAUAUUAAUAAUGAGGAAAAUAUUAACUUUAUUUGUCAACACAGCUACUUUUUUUUCAACAUUUUUAAAAAAUAUCUCAGUUCUUUGGUUUUCAUUUUCAAGUCUUUUUUUUUUUAAUCCUAACUGGUGUAUUUAUGAACUGGUGUUUAUUUCAGCAUAUCUGCUCUUUUUCUUUACUGGGCGAUGCAUAUCAGAGAGUUGUUUAAGCAGCGCACUUCGGCACCAGUGUAGGCUUACAAAGUGCCUGCUUCCAGUGGACACUUGCUCACAACUGCAUUCACAUUACUGGCACUGCUGAUUUUUGUGGCAGUAGAAAAGUGGGCUGGGGGUGACAUCUGACCUGGAAGUGAUGUAAUUUGCUCCAGGAAUCACCCCUGAUUCUUUAUGGGUUUUACCAUAGAGAUUUGGAGGGAUUCCUAGAGCAUCGUUCAGAAGUGAUGUUACUGCUGGGUCAGGUGCACACUCCCCGGGCCCCAUCCCAGAAAUUUCCCAGGGGAUGCAAGCAGAGGCUUGGCAAACCUACACCAAUGGGCUAAAAAGUGAAAGGGUGACGAAUGUACCGUACUCAAUUUAUUCCCAUUUAUGGCUCCACUCCUAGCCAUGCUGAGGAAGUAUGUAGUCCUCAGAGCUUGAAAUGCUGCUGCUGUUACCCUCCGUUCCACCUUCCUCAGGUGUCACCCUGUGAUGAAAUCACCAACUUGCUUGUUUUUUUCCAGACAAGUAAGGUCUUAUGGCUUGCACUUCCCUGGAGUGUGCUCUGAGACCAGAACUGGCAUGGUUGAGAAGGUGCCACCACACCCCACCAGUCUGAAAAGAAACAUGUAUAAGACCGAGAUGCAACUGCCAAGAAAAAAUGCUAUCAAGAAAAAUGCCAUGUUCUAACUUCUACAGAAGCCAUCUUUCUUGAAACUUUGGUUCUUUUCCACAAUUGUUACUCAGCCCAUAACUUAACUUCACUGUGUUUUGUUUUGUUGUUUGGGGGUUUUUCUGUAACUUUUUAAAAAAAUCAUUUAAUCCUACAGUUUGUGAGAUUCCCCCCUCCCCCUGGUUUGUUUUGUUUUUUAAGAGAGCAAAAGAGACUUGUGGAAAGAAUAUGCUUUCUUACUUUAACUUUUGACAUAUAUCUAUAUACACACACACACACACACACACACACACAUACACUUAUACAUACAUACUCUCAGGUACAUUUUCUUGUGUUUUUAGAAGUCUGUGGCUUUUGAAUAUUUAACAUUUUAAUCUUAAAACAGUGACUUCUUGGGAGUGUCUCAAAUCCCCACGUUGUGUGCGCCUGUCUUCUCUUUCAAUGCCUCUGAGCUUUGGUGCCUAUUCCCUUCUGCCUAUUCCCUUUCUGGAAAAGGAUUUCCGGUAUUACUGAUCUCUUCUGGCUUCUCCCCAGUCACUCCCCCUCAUUAGGGUGACCAGGUACUUAUACCCUGCCAGUGUGUGUGUGUGGGGGGAGACCUGGCACUUACCUCAUGCCAUUUGCGUGGUCAUUCUUCCCUUGUGCGUCUUGCACGUGUGUAAUCCAGCACUUGCACAAUGACAUCACUUCCAGUAGUGAUGUCAUCACGCAGGCCGCAGAAGUGCCUCUGCACUCUGCAUGGGGCUGAUUCAGCCCAUUUGGGGCCCAAAUAGCCUCCAAAUGAAGUGUGGGAGCGCUCCCACAGCCGGAGCAACAAUGUCAGUUUCCGAAGUGAUGUUGCUGUGCUCCCUGGGAGCGCGUGCACCAUAGGUGUUUCUGGGGUGACUGCGGGUGGCGGCCGACCUCUGAAGGACUCGCCACCUCCUGCCGAUCACUGGCGGAUCGGCGGGUGAGGGGGCAAAUCCCUGGGAAUUUGCCCACCACCGGCAGGCACCUGAGACCCCUACCCCCCACCCAGGGCUUCCAUUCCAUAAACACAACAGGUGUCCAAAAUCUAGAAAAAUUAUUCAUUAUCAAAGGUGAAAGAAAACCUAGGAAAAGUGUGACCAAAAGAGUUGGCGAUUUUGGCAUUACCAAUAGGGAUUGGGAGAGGAAGGCACCUGGACUGAAUCUAGCUCCCUUGAGGAGCACAGCACCACUCCCCCACAUUGCCAACCUCGAGGCAAGAGCAUGGUGUUCUUCCUGGCAGUGCUCACUGGGGGUGGAAGGAAAGCCUCCACCCCUGCCUCACAGCUGAUUUGCGCAACUAUUUGCGCAUAGUUACAAUAAGAGCUAUCGAGGUUGUGCCAAGACUUUGGGCCCUUGCCGUAGACCUUGGCCUUAAUCCCCACCAGGCACAGCAGCCACACAAAAUGAAACCAGGGCAGUGGCCUCUCGACUUGCGUCUCUCCCAUUUGAGGAGCGACAGAGGCUUGGAGGGAACUCAUGGGCAUGGACCCAUGCAAAUAGGAAUGAGGUGUGCUGUAUAAGGUGGAAGCUGUGCCAGAGACUGUCGUUCAGGUUGGGCAGGAAGCAGUUAAGGCUCCCUGCCUCUGGAUCAUUGGAUGUGGGAGGAGCAAGCGGGUAGGCGGAGCCAUUUGCAUCAGGACUUGCUUUCUGCGGGGAUAAUGGCAAAGCAAGACAUUGUUUAAGGUCUGUGGUGGUGAUUGAGUAGGAAGGGGGGUUAUUUAUUCUUUUGCAAGGUGGUGAAGGAUGUUGGAAGAAGGGAAAGUAUUUUGGUGCGUGUCUUCGUUUUGCAGAAGGUUACCAGGAAGACAAUCUUGGCAUGGACGGUGAAGGGGCGAGCACGUUAUUGUCCCAUCCCCUCCCGCUGGCAAAAGUUGUGCCAGACCAGUUUAUAGGCAGCCAACAAGGAAACCAAAAUCCCUUUGUCAGUUUUGGAACAUGGAAGGAAAUACUGGCUAUACACAGGAUUUUAAAACACACACACACUUGAGUUUGCUUCUUGUGACUUUGAAGCUUCCGUGAUUUUUUUUGUCCGUUUGUUUACAAUAUUGUGAAAUGUUUCUAUGCUACAUUUUGGUGUGUGUGUGGGGGGGGUUACAUAAAGGGUAGGAUUGUGUGUGUUUGAGUGUGUUUCCAGCUCUACUAUUUGAUCGGUUCUGGAUAGUGUGAUUUCCAAGCACUGUCUCUUUUCGAGAUCCUGGUAUCUCUUAGGGAUGUCUCUUUUAGACAGUUGAUGAUAAGUUUUUUUGCAGAUUGAUGCUGGAAUCAUUAAUCAGUGCUCCAAUUCACGGGGUGGGGGGAUGACGCAACUUAGCAACUAUUUAUCCCCCUUUCCCCCCUCUAAGCAGAAUAAAACAAAAACCUGUUUUAUUUUAACGUCUUUUCAUCCGGUCAACUUCUUGUCCCGUUACAUCUGGCACAAUACUUCAGAGUGUAUUUGGUCUGUGUGAUGACCUGCCCAUUUUGUUUAUUCUUUACGUUUCUAAAUUUCAACAUUAUUUAUAGGCUGAAUUUUCUGUAUAGAAAAUCUGGGGCAUGGUAGGAUGGGAGGUUAGCAGUGUCUUUACUUACCACUGAAUUGUUCUAGUCUAUGGCUAUUUUUGCUGCUUGUGUUUAUCGGUCCCUUAAUUUUUCUCCUAUGUAUAUAUAAUUAUGGGCUGCAAAAAAAAGGCAUUUACAUGUCUAGUAGAAGGAAUAAGCUUAUUUAUAUGAUAGUGUUAAACGAAGUCUGAUAUAUUCAAGUGAUUUUGUUUUACUGCAUGCAACCCCACAAGUGUAUCUCACAUUCCAUUGGAGAAAGAUGCUAUGCUGUUGGAUCCCUGAGCAAGUGGUAUUAUUUUGACUGCGCAUUUUCCAUGUGCAAUUUGGCAACUUGAACAAAGCAAAAGAAUAGAUUUCUUUCUGUAAAGGUGAUACAGGAUUUUUUUAAAAAAACAUGAGAUUGGGACAGACGAGCAAUGGGUUUUAGAGCCAGCCACGGCCCUGACACACUCUCCAUUUUGAGUAAAAGUUUGGAAGAGUUGGUGACUAGAUUCCUUGCAUUAUUCCAGAUGUUCUCUGUGUGUUGGUGUUGAAUUAACUUCUCUUCAAUAUGAUCUUCAGUGAUGCAGCAUGUGAGGGCGUGUUAGGGGAUGAAUUGUGUGUAGAUUGUUCUGUAGAUCAAAUUUUUUUAAAAAAAUUAACCUCAGGGUGUCUGUCCUAGAAUGGCGCUUCUUAAGGCUGGUUUUGUGAUGGUGGCAGUCAGGAGAUAAGUGAAGGGUUGAAUUUAACUCCUGACUAGAAAUGGGCACGAACUGAAAUACAAAUCAAAGUUCAUCAUGAACCGGGCUGAUUCAUGGUUCGCAAACAAGCGGUUUGUCAGAGCCCAUUUCUGAUGAACCAUCACGAACUUUAGGCUGGUUCGUUUGGUUCAUUUUUUGGUUUGUCACUGCAGACAGCCUGGCGCCAAUCAAUCUGUUUCCUCAGCAACAGGGGGAGAUGGGCUUUCUGUAGACCUUCUGCUGCCCCAGAAGUGACAUUUUCACAAACCGGUUCGUGAACUGUUGCAAGGUUGUGAAAGUUUAUGGUUUGUGAAAUGCGAUGAACCACGAACCACGGUUUGUGCCCAUCUCUACUCCUAAUCAAAAGUGGCCAUUGUUUGCUAUAACCUUGUUCUCAUGGAAGUGUAAAGUUGAAACUUGAGUUGGAGUAUUUGCAGGUGGAAGGCUUAUAUGAGGGAAUGUCCAUAUACAAAAACAUGUAUCCACAUGUUGGAAAACUAGUAUGUGAGGGCAUGGCUAGUGCUAGAAUCCUUCUUGACAUAAUAGCUUUCAGUGUAGAGGGAAUUUUCUUUGCAUAGUGGGACGGUCCAUAAAAACCUCCAUCUGCAGGUUUUUUACAGCCUUGGAUAAAGGAUAGGAUAAAAAAGCAGGAGCUUAGAUUGAUUUCCCAGGUUGCAAAAUGGAAGCCACAAACUUCCUUUAGCACACCAUUUUGGUGGCUAUUGUCAAAGUGUUGUUUUCCCCCCAAUUGCACUGAGACCCAAUGAUGUUCUUUCAGAAAAGGGGGGUAGGGUAUACUCCUGGGGCUGAGGGAGUGUGUGUGUAUGUAUGUAUGUGGGUAGAAAUGUGGAAAGUUCAUCUGUAUUGCAAUAGAUGGGAGUUCUGUCAUUGACCUUGAAGCGUUAAGCUUUCAAAGCAUCAAAGGUGAAUAUUGAAGGAAAUCGGGCGGGUGUGGUGGUUACAGGUCACCUUUUGUUCACUUUUCAAAUGUUCAAACUGUAUCUCUCUUAGAUUUUGUGAAAUAUAAGCAGGGCUUUUUUUCUGGGAAAAGAGGUGGUGGAACUCAGUGGGUUGCCC